AUGGGCAGAACUAGUCUGGCUUGCUCCAGCCAUCUGCAGAUGAGCUGGAUGGGAGUGCAGGAGAGGGCAAGAGGUUUUGGUCCCUUCAGACAAUACUUGCUUAAUUCUAGCUGGGAAGCAGUGAAGGAGCUGUCCAAGAGAGGCCUUGGUGAAAACAUUGAUCUCCAGAUCAUGCAGCUGCCAGUGGCUUACAAAAAAGCAAAGGAGCAAGUCUGCAAGAUAUGGACAACUCUUCAGCCACUGCUUACAGUUCAUGUUGGGCUGGCUUCAUCCAGCACAGCACUCAUCAUCCUGGAGCAGUGUGGGAAGAACAAAGGCUACCAGGAGAGGGAUGCUUGUGGUUUUCACCCAGAAGGUGCCUGCUGUGUGGAUGGCCCAGAGAAGAUUGAGUCUACAAUUAAUAUGAAGACUCUCUGGAAAAACAUCUCAGUGGAAGGGAUUGAUAUCAUCCUUUCCAGAGAUGCAGGAAGGUACAUCUGUGAUUACACCUAUUACACUUCUCUGUAUUAUGGCAAUGGAAGAGCUGCUUUCAUCCACGUCCCUCCAUUGUCUGAGUCGGUAACAGCAGAAUUUCUAGGAAAAGCAUUACAGACCAUUAUCUUAGCAAUGUUAGAACAGUGUGGGGAACAAAGAGAGAUGGAUCACAGAGGGAAAAAAAUGAGGAUUUCUUAG